UAUUUUAUUAUUCAUUAAUGUAAAAAUAAUAAAAAGUAUUUAAUUUGCAUAUAUUUAUAAACUAUCAUUUAUCACUUUAUUUAUUUUAAAAUAAAAUUGAAUAAAAUAUUAUGGAAGAAUUAUAUUAGUCUAAAAGUUAUAUUUUGAAGAUUAUGUAUUAUUAACAAGUGGUACACCCUAAAAAAUUCCGUGCAUAAAAAUACUAUUCUUCUUCUUGUUAAAAAAUUUUGGUUGUUGGAGAUCUAAUACAAUCGGGUAUAUGAAAAACUAUUUUAAUCUAAGCACAAAGUUCAAAAAAAUAAUUUCCAAUAUAAAUGGUCAAAGACUCAGAACAGGUAUGUAACUCAUCAUACGGUUCAAAAUAGGGGGUGAUGAAACAAAAUAAAAUAGAAUAAUGAGCAAAAAUUUCGAAAGGGUAAAUGGGUAUGGCGAUUCUUGUUGCAAAACACGCAAGCAAAAUAUUCUGAUUCCAAUAGAUGGGACAAGAGCCCUUAGAGCCAGAAUAGAAUGGAGAAACAAAAGAGUCAUUUCAUAAUUUCAUUCACAUUGUUGUUUUUGGGUCCCACCAAAUCUAUGUACCAUAAUCUGUGGCCCUGAUUUUAUAGCAUAACAGAGGAAAGAUGCUCUACAGCAAUGCCUUACAUACAUUACUUGCUUGGUCAGCUUAAAUGGGUCAUAUCUGAUCAUCAUCAUCUUUCAUCAGGGCUCAUGUGCCAAAUUUUAAGUUUUUUUUUUGUUUUAUUUAAACCAAAAUUUUAAUCUUUAUUCUCGUUAGCCCCUUUAUUUAUUUUUGGCUUAUAUAAGGGUUUUGGGGGCCAAAUUUUAGAUCAUUCGUUUUUUUUUUUCCUUUUCUUUUCUUACUAGGGGCCACAAAAGAGAGAAAGAAAGAAGAUAGUGAAAACAGGGAGAGUGUCAAGUUUUUUGAGGACAAUAAAGGUUUAAGGUAAGUAAGUGACUAUAUCGUUUUUUUUUUAUUCUAUUAUCCUUUUCUUUGGCUUUUUAUCUGAGAUAUGUUUUAUGUUUGUUUGCUUGUUUUUUCUUCUGAAAUUUUCAUUUAUUAAGGACUUUGUCUUAUAAAAAGAAAAAAAGAACAUAUUAUGGUUGUCAUCUUAUAAGCAGUAGGAUUAUUUCACACAGUUUCUUUUUUCUUUUUUUUUUUCGACAAACACUGUGAUUUUAAUUUCUCAUGAGCGGAGAUAUGUUCAUAUCACAAUAUCAUGCAUAAAUAUAAAUAGAAAAGUAUAUAUAAUAAUAAUUUUAAAGAUUUCAUUUCUUUUUCCCUUUUAAAGAAAAAAAAAAGAUUUCAUUUCUUUUUAUACUUCCUUUUGGUAAAUGCAAAGUACUCAUUAUUACUAAUACAAUGUGUAAAACCAUCAAUUGACUUCAGUUGAAAACGUAUGAAUCUUUCUAUGCUUAGCUGGGAAAUCCAUGAUCAUAAAACAAAAAUAGAAAGAAAAUAUCUUAGAAAUACAUUAAUGAUCUUUUCUUUCUAUAUACACAAGUUCCUAGAAUUAGAGAGAGAGAGCGAGAGAAAAGAGCUACACAAUCAUAAUUCAAAAGACCUCUAAUUGAUACUUAACUUUCUUACAAAAAGAUCUGUGAAGUUAUGGAGAAGAACAUGUCCAAGAAUAACCUUUUCUCAGAUAUAGGUUGGGAUUUAGGUGAGAAUAAAAAGGGAUCAUCUUCAUCUUCAUCAGAACUUGAAGAAUUACAAAAAGAGCACGAGGAGAAAAUAUCAAGGAUCGAAGAACUGAAAAAGCAAAUCGAAUACACAAAGGUUAGAUUGGAGAAGAAGACGAAGUCAUUAGCAGUGGCAGAUGAGGACAAAAUGGAAGCUUUUAAGACUUUGACUCAGAAAUAUAACAUCAUGAGACAAGAGUACAAUACUUUGUUGCUUCAACACUCGACAAAAUCACUCAAUUAAACUCAUCUCUUCUAGUAGUAGUAGUAGUAGUAUGGUUAUUGAUGUUUAAUAUAUAUAUAUAUGCAUGCAUGUGUACAUAAAUAAUUAAAUAGGAUUAAUUUUCUUAAUUUCUU